UCCGCUUCGCUCACUCUCCUGUACCUCUUCCACUCUCUUCCACUCCUGCAUUGCUGUGGAAGCAGAUGUUGAUAAUCUAAUCCCAAUUGAUACUAUUUCCCUGUCGGUUGCAGCUAUUCCUUCCCAAGGAGGAUAGAAGAGAACAUAGCCGAGGCGUAGAACUCAUUCUACCGCUCUGCACUGCUUCUGAAUUCUAAACGGAGAGCGGUUUUUGGAAAGAUACGGAAACAGCGAAGAAGAGAGGAGAGGAGAGAGAGAGACACGGCAAAGAGGAGAAAAGCAAGAGAGAGGGAAACAGCGAAGGGAGGAAGAAAGCAGAGCUGAGUGUGUUUACCACACCUGUGAUGCUGCGUUGUUUCUAGCAACCAAGACGCGCUGCGGGGAUACCAAUGUAAUGGCCAAGGUAGGCGACCCGGAGGAUGCGUGCUGCUACUGCUGAGCCAACUGGACUUUGAUGCAGAGGCGCUUACUAACGGAGUAAAGAGACGCCCGGAGAAUAAAACAACCGGACACACAAAUCCGGGCUACUACUACUGCUCAUUUAUCCCUGCUCUUUGUCUUUUGAAAGUUAAACCGGAGAAGUGCGAGCGGCUUACAGCAGAGAAAUGAUGUCGUUACACCUGACUCCCUUUGUCCGUGGGAGAUACAGCACGGCCACGUUGGUGAUGCUCUGUUGGCUGUUCCUCGCUGGAUUUACCUUCAUUGUUGGUACGGAGCACGUUGCCACGGCGACACUUCCUGCCUCCUUCAACGAUCUGUUACCUCACUUCCUGGUGGAGCCUGACGAUGAGUACAUAGUGAAGAACAAGCCCGUCACCCUGACCUGUCGCUCCACCCCGGCAACACAGAUCUACUUUAAAUGUAACGGGGAGUGGGUCCAUCAAGAUGAUCACCUGAUCGACCGCACCGUGGACCCUGCAACAGGUCUGCCCAUCAUGCAGGUGAAAAUAGAUAUCUCCAGACAGCAGGUUGAGAAGAUCUUUGGUCUGGACGACUAUUGGUGCCAGUGUGUCGCCUGGAGCACUACGGGAACCCAGAAGAGCCAAAAGGCAUAUGUCAGGAUCGCCUACCUGAGGAAGAACUUUGAGGAGGAGCCAAUGGCGAAGGAAGUAGCUUUGAACCAGGAAGUGUUGUUACGCUGUCAUCCUCCAGAGGGCGUACCAGCAGCUGAGGUAGAGUGGCAGAGGAAUGAGCAUGUGAUCGACCCGGUAAACGAGCCCAACUUCUUGGUGACUGCGGACCGUAAUCUGAUCAUCAAACAGGCCAGGCUGGCGGACACGGCCAACUACACCUGCGUGGCCAAGAACAUUGUGGCUCGACGCAAGAGCUCCCCCGCCACCGUUCUGGUCUACGUGAACGGAGGUUGGUCUACCUGGACAACGUGGUCGGCGUGCAGCUCAGUUUGUGGGCGUGGCUGGCAGAGGAGGAGCCGCAGCUGCACCAAUCCCACGCCGCUGAACGGGGGCAUGGCAUGCGACGGACAGAAUGUCCAGAAAAGCGCCUGCACCGCGACCUGCCCAGGUAACACCGCCCGCUCAACCGCUCCCAGGCCUUCAGCUAGGCUACUUCCUGUCCUGUGGCCCCGCCUCUGCUUGGCUGUGAUUGGCUUAGCCAGUUUGGCUUCCUGUGGCUGCCUGCUGCUUUCUGUGGCAAAACAUUUUUUUGCGCUUUAA